AUGAGGAAGAAGAAUGAGUCGCUUGACGAAGAGGAAGAAGAGCCUUGUAAAACAAUAUCCUUCGAUCGUGAAUGCAUAGAGGAGUCACUUAACAAGGAAGAAGAAGAAGAGCCAUGUAAAAAUGCAUCCUCCGAUCCUGAAUGCAAAGAGAAGUCACUUGAAGAGGAGGAGUCUUGUCGAAAAGGAAGACGAAAAAGAAGACGACAAAAUAAAACAAUAACUGAUGAAGAGGAAGAAGAGUCAUGUAAAACAGUCUCCUCCGGUCCUAAAUGCAUAGAAGAGUCACUUGAUGAAGAGGAAGAAGAAGGGCCGUGUCGAAAGGAAAGACAAAAAAGAAGACGAAAUAGAAGACGAAAAAAUAGAAAAACAACUGACGGAGAGGAAGAAGGGCCGUGUAAAACAGCAUCCUCCGACCCUGAAUGCCAAGAAGAGUCACUUGAUGAUGAAGAAGAAGAGUCUUGUCGAAAGGAUUCACUUGACGAAGAGGAAGAAGAGCCGUGUAAAACGGUAUCCUCCGAUCCUGAAUGCAAAGAAGAGUCACUUGACGAAGAGGAAGAAGAGCCGUGUAAAACAGUAUCCUCCGAUCCUGAAUGCAAAGAAGAGUCACUCGAUGAAGAAGAAGAAGAGCCUUGUAAAACAGUAUUCUCCGAUCCUGAAUGCAAAGAGGAUUCACUUGACGAAGAGGAAGAAGAGCCGUGUAAAACAGUAUUCUCCGAUCCUGAAUGCAAAGAGGAUUCACUUGACGAAGAGGAAGAAGAGCCGUGUAAAACAGUAUUCUCCGAUCCUGAAUGCAAAGAAGAGUCACUUGACGAAGAAGAAGAAGAGCCUUGUAAAACAGUAUUCUCCGAUCCUGAAUGCAAAGAGGAUUCACUUGACGAAGAGGAAGAAGAGCCGUGUAAAACAGUAUUCUCCGAUCCUGAAUGCAAAGAAGAGUCACUUGACGAAGAAGAAGAAGAGCCUUGUAAAACAGUAUUCUCCGAUCCUGAAUGCAAAGAGGAUUCACUUGACGAAGAGGAAGAAGAGCCGUGUAAAACAGUAUUCUCCGAUCCUGAAUGCAAAAAAGAGUCACUUGACGAAGAAGAAGAAGAGUCAUGUAAAACAGUAUCUUCCGAUCCUGAAUGCAAAGAGGAUUCACUUGACGAAGAGGAAGAAGGGCCGUGUAAAACAGUAUCCUCCGAUCUUGAAUGCAAAGAGAAGUCACUUGAAGAGGAAGAGCCUUGUCGAAAAGGAAGACGAAAAAGAAGACGACAAAAUAGAACAACAACCGAUAAAAAGGAAGAAGAGCUGUGUAAAACAGUCUCCCCCGAUCCUAAAUGCAUAGAAAAGUCACUUGAUGAAGAGGAAGCAGAAGGGCCGUGUCGAAAGGAAAGACAAAAGAGAAGACGAAAUAGAAGACGAAAAAACAGAAAAACAACUGACGAAGAGGAAGAAGGGCCUUGUAAAACAGCAUCCUCUGAUUCUGAAUGCAAAGAAGAGUCACUUGAUGAUGAAGAAGAAAAGUCUUGUCGAAAGGUAAGACGAAAAGGAAGAGGAAAAAAUAGAAGAACAACUGACGAAUCCUCCGACCCUGAAUGCAUAGAUGAGUCGCUUGAUGAAGAGGAAGAAGAAGGGCCGUGUGGAAAGGAAAGACAAAAAGGAAAACGAAAAAAUAUAAAAAAAACUGAUGAAGAGAAAGAUGAGCCCUGUAAAACAGCAUCUUCCGAUCCUGAAUGCCAAGAAGAGUCACUUGGUGAGGAGGAAGAAGAAGGGCCGUGUCGAAAGGAAAGGCAAAAAAUAAGACGAAGAGGAAAAAAUAGAAGAACAACUGACGAAUCCUCCGACCCUGAAUGCAUAGAUGAGUCGCUUGAUGAAGAGGAAGAAGAAGGGCCGUGUGGAAAGGAAAGACAAAUAGGAAAACGAAAAAAUAUAAAAGUCACUGAUGAAGAGAAAGAUGAGCAGUGUAAAACAGCAUCAUCCGAUCCUGAAUGCAAAGAGGAGUCACUUGACGAAGAGGAAGAAGAAGGGCCGUGUCGAAAGGAAAGGCAAAAAAUAAGACGGAAUAGAAGACGAAAAAAUAGAAAAACAACUGACGAAUCAUCCGACCCUGAAUGCAUAGAUGAGUCGCUUGACGAAAGAAGAAGAAGAACCGUACGAAAAAGAAGGCCACAAAAUAGAACAACAACUGAUGGAGAAAAAGAAGAGCCUUGUAAAACUGUAUCCUCCGAUCCUAAAUGCAAAGAGGAGUCUCUUGAUAAGGAGGAAGAAAAAGAAUCUUGUAAAACAGCCUUCUCCGAUCCGGAAUGCACAAAAGAGUCACUUGAUAAAGAGAAAGAAGAAGAGCCUUGUCGAAAAGGAAGACGAAAAACAACUGACAAUGGGAAAGUAGAGUCCUGUAAAACAGUCUCUUCCGAUCCUGAAUGCAAAGUGGAGUCACUUAAUAAAGAAGAUAAAGAGUCUUGUCGAAAAGGAAGACGAAAAAGACGAAAAGCAUCUGACGAAGAGAAAGAACAGCCGUGUAAAACAAUAUCCUCCGAUCGUGAAAACAAAAAGAAGUCAACGUCCGGAAGAAAUCAUUCUGGUUCGGACUCGAAUUGCAAACAUAAGCAAAAGAAACAUUCAAGAAAUAGAAUAAACCGAAAAUGGCAUCGUGAUGAUAUUGGCGAUGAUGACUGCAGAAGAAUUAGACGCGAACGUUCUAAACAAGAUGUAAGGCGAAGAAAGGGUCGAUCCAAACCAGAAUCGAAUUGCAAAGAAAAUAAAAGAAAAUGUAUUAAAAACCGCAGAAUGGAAGAUGGCGAAGCAAGUUUUGAAUGCGUAUGUGGGCGAAGAUGGAAGAUUUGUGAGAACGAAAGAAAAUGCGGAAGAGGACAAUCUGACCCUGAAUUCACAGACGAGUUCACUGACGAAGAGGAAGAAAGGCUGUGUCGUGAAAAAGGACUAAAAAAUAGAAGAAAAACAAUUGAAGAUGAGACAGUCGGCUCCGAUACUAAAUGCAAGAAGUUAACUGAUCAAAAAAAAGAUGCGUGCUUUUCGUAUUUGAGAAGUUCUUAA